AGGGUCCCUCCCCACUCUCUCUGCUUCUGUUGCUUGCUGCUACGAGUGGAGCUUUACGCAAUGCCAUUACCGUAACGAGGACACAUCACAAAAAAGUUUCCCCUUUUUUGAUUCUCUGCCUCUGGUUACCAACUUCUCCUCCACCACCACUUAUGGGAAUCAAAACCCCAAUCCCUUUUCACAUUUUGGAACCCUAAUCAGAAUCCGAUUUCUCUCCCAAUCCCCUCAUUUUCUCUUGAAACAAAAGGAUCAGAGUUCAGAGGCAAUCUGGAAGGGAGAAAGAUAACCAAACAAGCGAAAAAACAAGUACUUCAAGUAUUUACAUUCCUUUUCUGAGGUUUAUCCCUUCUUUUUAUUCUUUGUCUUCGACAAAGGGAAGGAAAAAGAGGAAAGUAUAAUUAUUGAACUUGGUUGUCCCCCCUUCCCGUUCGUUUAUUCGAAUUUGAUUAUCUUUAAAAACUAGAAUGAACUUUCCAAAGUUCGAAUUCUUCCAGGUUUUUGGUUUUCCUGUUCAUCUCUAAGACCAGAACAAUGUCCUAAACAUUCACCUCUUCACCUUCUUCACUAUAUGGAUUCAAUUUUGUUUCUCUAGGAAACAUAAAGGAACUUCGAUUUCUUCCGAGUUUAGGUUUUGAAUAUUUUUCAAGUUUUUCUUCCUUUUUAAUUUGUUAGUUGCUUAAGGAGAGGGAGAAAACAGAACGACUAUACAAAAAACAAUGGGAAAUUUUGGAAGCAGCAGUGGAGGUAGUGGCAGGCGAAGACACGGGAAUCAUCACAACCACCCACCACCUCCUCCUCCUCCCCAACCUCCUCAGCCUGAAAUCACCGGAAACCGCUAUGUUUUCGCCGCUGCUACUCCUUACCCUCCACAAUACCCCACCCCCAACCCCGCUCAAUACUAUCACCACCCCGGAUUUUAUCCGCCACCCCCACCCUCGAUGCCGAUCCCUUUGCCUGCUCCAUAUGAUCACCACCACCGUGGCGGCGGAGCCGGCUCCCAUGCCGAUCCCGUUAAUGCAAACUGGGUCACCGGACGCCAUCCUUAUGGGACUGCUCCGCCUCCUGCUCCCUAUGUUGAGCACCAGAAGGCCGUUACAAUUCGUAAUGAUGUCAAUCUCAAGAAGGAGACUCUGAGAGUUGAGCCGGACGAGGAAAAUCCUGGGCGGUUCCUCGUAGCUUUCACCUUUGACGCAACUGUUGCGGGAAGCAUCACUGUUGUAUUCUUUGCAAAGGAAGGCACUGACUGUAACCUGACAACAAUGAAGGGAAACCUUGAGCCAGUCACAGUAUCUUUCCAACAAGGUCUAGGUCAGAAGUUCAGGCAACUUUCUGGAACUGGUAUUGACUUCUCAAUGUUUGAGGAGAAUGAAUUGAUGAAAGAGGGUGAUAUAGAAGUAUAUCCCCUUGCUGUGAAGGCUGAAGCAUCUCCAGCAGACCCAACUGGGGAGACAGGAAGCCCAGUACCAGGAACCACGAAUUCUCAGAUAACUCAAGCGGUAUUUGAGAAGAAGGAGAAAGGUGAAUACCAAGUGAGAGUAAUCAAGCAAAUUCUGUGGGUGAAUGGAAUGAGGUAUGAGCUGCAAGAGAUUUAUGGUAUUGGGAAUUCGGUUGAUGAUCACUUCGAUGGGAAUGACCCAGGGAAAGAAUGUGUUAUCUGCUUGUCAGAACCUCGGGACACAACUGUCCUUCCCUGCCGACACAUGUGCAUGUGUAGCGGCUGUGCGAAGGUUCUGAGGCUCCAGACGUACCGAUGUCCAAUUUGCAGGCAACCAGUUGAAAGGCUCCUGGAGAUCAAGGUCAACAACAGACCUGAAGAUUGACUAGACAAAGUUAUGCUGCAAGUCAUUCAUUCCCCAGCUUCCAAGUAACUAGAAAGCAUGUGUGAUAUGCCAAGCGGUUUUGUGCUGACUCCAUGUGGAAAUGGAAUGCACCGCGUACCUUAUGCUUCUUCUAUACACAGGUAAGGGCAGGGUGACUGACUGGGUGAGGAUGGCAUUAGAUCCAGGCUCCAGCUCUAAGCAUGGAUUUUUAAGGUGUGGGUGUAGCAAAUAUUUGAUUGACAGCUUUUGUCAGCUUCAGCUAAAAUAUGAGCUUUCUCGAGCAAGAAUUUUCUUUCCAAAUGUUGAGGGUAGGAGACCUCUCAUUCGUCGUGGAAAGUGGAAACUCCGAACAUGAUGCCCGCUCUAAGGAAAACCAGGUGUUACUGUUUUUGUGUUUUGCCCAUAUCUAACUCAAGCUUGCUGUAUGUGUUUUUUUUUUGGGUCUUUUUAAUUGUUUGUGAAUGGGUUUGCUACAACUUUUACCACUGGCAGUGUUAAAGUGGGUUCUGCAUCAGGUCUGUCAUGUUCAUAUGUUAAUUUUUGUAUUUAUUUGCGGUUUUUUUUUUCAUAUUUUUGGACCAGCUUCAGGUUGCAUAAAUCAUAAUCGUGUAGUUUUCCAUGGACAAGCCUCCUGUGACUUGGCGUGGUGGCCCAUUAAAAGUUUAUUUAUAU